AAUGGCAGGACCUGCGGUUGAGACGGCGUUCGAAGAGAUUGAAAGACUCCAAAUGUUGCCUUCAUACUCUUUAAAUGCUGAGUUUUACGAUUCAGGAUGUAAUUCUUUAAAAGGCCUAGGAGCUGCAUACAACGCACUAUCAACGAAAGAGUAUCAUAUAAUGAUAGGACCUCAAUGUUCAUCUGUAUGUAGUUCUGUUGGACGUCUGGCAGCGCACGUAAAUAUACCAGUAUUUACUGGUCUUUGCCAAGGCGUAGAAAUGUCGAACAAGAAUCAAUUUAAGACGAUGACGAGACUGUUAGCAACAUUUGAAAUGACUGGUCUAUUCGUUAUGAAUAUAUUAGAGAAAUUGAAUUGGAAGAUAGUUGGUGUCCUUGCAGAAAGACGAACUGAUCUGAUAUGGCGUUUAACUAGAGAUGGAUUAAAAUAUGCUGCUCAAAUAAAAAACAUUACUCUAGUAAAAUCCAUACUAUUUCAUGAAACAGACGAUCUAGAAAGUUUAUUACUUCUUGUAGCAGCAAAGAGUCGAAGAAUAACUAUUACAGUAAUAAUAAUUGGUGCUCAUGGAGAUACGUUUCGCACAUUAGCUAAAUUAAUUUAUAAGCAUAAGCUUCACCUACGAAGAUUCUUUUUUAUUGUUAUUACCUAUUAUGAGCAGCGUCGAAUAUUUGGUGAUUUUGCUUGGAAGCAGAAAGCAAAUACACAAUUCGGUUUUAACUAUAAGUCUGAUGAAAAAGUUCCUUAUCCGGCAGCUAACCUAUACGAAGCGACCAUUUUAUCAGCUAUAUCCCUUAACGAAACAAUAGCCACUGAAGGUGAUAUAAAAGAUGGAAUGUUAGUUGCACAAAGGUUGUGGAAUCGAAGUUAUGAUAGUUUAACUGGAGGUAUGACCUUGAAUUCUAAUGGUGAUAGAGAACAAAAGUACACUAUUUUGCAGUUAGAUACGAAUGAUCAAAUGACAACGGUUGCUAUUUAUACGACUGAAAAUGAAUCUCUUAUGUGGAUAAGGCCAAUUUUAUGGGUUGACGGUGAGAAGCCACUAGACAUUCCUAGAUGUGGUUUCGACAAUGAACUCUGUGAAGAAGAUGUCAAACUAAAAUUAGUACGAAUAAUUCUUAUUAUCGUUGGUGUUUUUGGCAUUGUUUUAAUUUUUGGCUUAGGAGGAUUCCUUCUAAUUUUCAAGAAAAUGAAAUGGGAGAAAGAUUUGGCGAGUAUGUCUUGGAAAUUAGAUUUAAAUGAUAUACAAUUUCAUGAUUCAACUGUUAAACCCUUUAAUUCUGCCCUAAGCAUUUCCAGAUCAAAGACAACUCUAGAUAAUUAUUCAAUUAGUUUCAAUAAAUUUGAACAAAUUUUUACUAAAACAGGUUAUUUUAAAGGAAUUAUUGUGGCAUUGAAGUCGGCUUCACACGUAAAACAAGUCAACUUGAAUGAUAGAAACUUUUUAACCGAGCUAAAACAUAUGCAUGACCUUAGCCAUAACAACAUCUGCAAAUUUAUGGGAGUUACUGUAGAAGUGCCUGACUUGUGGAUUGUAACUGAAUAUUGUUCCAAAGGAAGUUUACAGGAUUUACUGGCUAAUGAUGACGUUAACCUUGACUGGACCUUCAAAAGUUCUUUGGCUUUAGAUAUAGUUUCGAGUUCAAAUUGCGUGAUCGAUGGACGAUUUGUGGUAAAAAUUACUGAUUUUGGCCUUAUGAAUUGGAGAACAGAAAAAUUACCUAAAGAUUUAUUAUGGACUUCUCCGGAAGGCUUAAGAGAUAGCGAAAAUGCAUUAAAUAUGAAAUCUGAUAUUUACUCUUUUUCUAUUAUUCUCCAUGAAAUUAUUUAUCGGGAAGGCCCUUUUUUCUGUGAAUGCGAUACUUUAUCAGCUGAUGGUAUUAUCCAGAAAGUUCUUUCUGAUCGAAAACUACCGUUUAGACCCUUCGUAAAAGAUGACUAUCAUGAAGAUACUCCAGAAAAAAUAAUACAGCUUAUGAGAAAAUGUUGGAAUGAACAGCCAGAGAAUCGUCCAAAUUUUAAUUAUAUUAAGGCGACGUUGAUUGCCAGUGUAAAUCACAAAUCUUUAAGCAUUAUGGAUAAUCUGAUAAAUAGGAUGGAACAAUACGCUAAUAAUCUUGAAACUCUUGUUGAAGAAAGAACGUCCAGUUAUCUUGAAGAGAAGAAAAGGGCUGAGGAUUUAUUAUAUCGGCUUUUACCGCCAUCGAUUGCAAAAGAAAUUCAAAAAACUGGAAAUGCAAAACCUCAAGACUACGAAUGCGUUACUAUAUACUUUAGUGAUAUUGUCAGUUUUACGGUGUUGUCAUCUAAGAGCACUCCAUUGCAAAUAAUCAAGCUAUUGAACGAUCUUUACACUCUUUUCGAUAGCGUUAUAGAAAAGUUUGACGUCUAUAAAGUGGAAACAAUAGGGGAUUCUUAUAUGGUUGUUUCCGGUCUGCCAAAGAAAAAUGACAAUAGUCAUGCUGAAAAUAUAGCCAAGAUGUCAAUUAUAUUAUUGAAUGCAAUCAAAACAUUUGAAAUACAUCAUCGUCCAGGGGAGAAAUUACUAUUAAGAAUUGGUAUUCACUCGGGACCUUGUGCAGCUGGAGUUGUUGGACUGACAAUGCCAAGAUAUUGUUUAUUUGGAGAUACAGUAAAUACUGCUUCAAGAAUGGAGACUCAUGGAGAACCCUUAAAAAUUCAUAUGAGCAAAACAACAAACGACCUUUUAAGAAGAGACGCACAAUUUUCCAUACAAGAAAGAGGAGAAUUAGAAAUAAAAGGUAAAGGAAAAAUGCUAACCUACUGGUUGGAUCCUUUCUUAAAUGAGAAGCAAAUGUAA